CGAUUAUCUCUUUUAUUAAAACUCAACUAAUGAUAAUAAUGAUUAGGUCUUCCAUCAAAACAGUCUCAUUCCAAAAGAAUCUUUAUGCAAAGAGCCCUUUUGAGGCACUAAUUAUUAGGAAACCUUACCUGAUUUGAGAAUGACAAUGUAGCCCAUAAAGGAGACCCGAAAUGAGCACUGCUUUUUAGUAAAAAGAAGAAUGUCCUUUGGAAAAAGCCAUAAAGAAUUUCCUAACCCCCCUUUACCAUAUGAUGCCUAUAAAAAGAGAAUCUAUUUUUACUUUGUAAACAAACAAAAAAAACCUACUGUAAGUUAUUUAUUAGAAUAGUAUUAGUUAAGAAAAAAUAAACAUUAGACAAAUAUUAGUGACAAAAAAAAUUAAAUAAAAAAAAAAGUCUUAGAGGACUAUGACAGGCUUUGGCUCUUCAUGUGGAGCAUGCAAGUUUCUGAGGAGAAAAUGCAGUAGCGAAUGCAUUUUCGCUCCUUACUUCUGCUACGACGAGGCUGCAAAUAAUUUCGCGGCUGUGCACAAGGUGUUUGGAGCUAGCAACGUUUCCAAGCUCCUACUACACUUGCCACUACACUGCCGGAGUGAUGCUGCAAGCACCAUCUCUUUUGAAGCUGUGGCUCGGAUGAGAGACCCCAUAUAUGGUUGUGUUGCUCAAAUCUUUGCUCUCCAACAACAGGUUGCCUACCUGCAGGAGGAGAUAGAGAUUCUUGGGAACCAAAUAGCUCAUAAUGCCACAACUGGUUUUGCAAGCUGUGGAAGUUCUUCUGAAGGAACUGUCAAUAAUAGUAAUACUACUCAUAAUAAUAACUUAGAUUAUGCCUCUCAACUCUUUUCACAUGAUGGAGUUUUGAACUCUCAGUAUUAUCAGAAUCAACAGGAAAUUCUACUGUCCCAGAACCAGAAUUCAACUGGAAAUAGUAGUAACCAAGUGGUUGAUGGGCAGAUGGGUUUUCAGCUUCGUCAAAAUCCAUGUGGUUGGGGAGAUGAGAAUAUGGUUUGUAACUCUCUCUCAGAUCCUUUAGAGAAGCUCUUUCAGGGGAUAGAACAAGAGAGCUUUGGGAAUAAUCCAUGGUUGGAUGAAAUCCCCAAUAUGGAAAACUUUAUAGGUCCCCAAUCUGGGACUGAGACUAUCCUUUGGUAAUGAGGAAAAAUACUUUGGUGGUGUAUGAGCAUUCCACUUUGACUGCACAAGAACACAAAUUUUGUACCAAUGACCAAUUUGAUAGUAUGGUAGAUCUUUUUCUUUUUAAAGUUAAAAAGAAUAAUAAACAAACAUCGAUCCCAAUUCCCAAAGUGGUCCCUUCUCAAUUCUCAUAAUUGUGGAAGGCAACAUACUUUUGCAUGUCAAAGCAGAUGAUCUGCCUCCCUACACUGGAUUCGACAAGGUGUA